AUGGAAAAAAUCCUCUUAAUUCCAUGGCUUUGGCCGACCAAUCCCAAUUCCCAAACUGAAUAUCAUUUAUCCCUCUGGGUGAUACUCACAGCCCUAGUAGCUCUGCUCUACCUUUCUCCGGUAGCAAAGUAUCCAGGGCCGUUGCUUGCCAAGUUCACCUCUUUACCGAUCGUUUAUCACGCGUGGAAAGGUGAUAUUCAUCUCGACUUAUGGAUGUGUCACUUGAAAUAUGGCCCUGUUGUACGAUAUAGCCCAAGUUUCGUUUCGUUUAAUACCAGUAUCUCACUACACGAGAUCUACGGCAUGGGUAGUAAUGCGUGGAAGCAUCACCAAUUCGAAGCCCUGAGCCCUAGAGCUCAGAAUCUAGUCACUCUUCACGAUAAAAAAACUCAUGCUAAACGGAGACGUUUGAUCGGACGGUCCUUCACCGAUACGUAUAUCAAAACAUUCGAAAAUCGAAUGCUCUAUCAUAUUAACUCCUUUUGUGAGAGUAUUGAUCUCUUGCCAUUGCAGCAACACACUGGUGGAUGGAAACGUGAAAUUAAAAUGUCAGACUGGUGCAGCUAUCUGACGUUCGACAUAAACAUGGACUUUAUUUUCGGUUCUGACUAUUCACUCCUCAAGUCUAGCAAGUACAGAUAUAUCUUAAAUGAUAUUGAAGAUGCCAGUACUAGGAAUGCCGUGCUUAUCUAUAUGCCGCACCUAGCCGUAGGAGGUCUGCACAGAAAGAUCUUCCCUCGAGCUGUCAAGGGUACAAGGAGUUUCUGGAGGUUUAUUAAAAGCGCUAUCAGCGAUCAUUCAGAGCCAAUGAAAAGGAAAUGUGUGGUUUCUAACAUCCUCCAAUUGACGAAUGCAUCAUCCGAAUCACCACUCAGUACGGACACCAUGCAAUCGGAAUCAGGGGGCCUAGCAAUUGCAGGUCUUGAUACUACCGCCACUGCCAUGGCUAGUGUUUUCUUCUAUUUAUCGCGGAACCAACACGCGUAUGAAAAGCUGGCAUCAGAGAUUCGGUCUUCAUUUUCGUCCGCCGAUGAGAUUCAACUUGGCCCAACUCUUCACCAAUGCAAAUACCUCGAUGCAUGUAUCAACGAAUGCCUACGCAUCACACCUCCCAUUGGAAGCUGCCUGUGGCGAGAGGUUGGCAAGGGUGGAAUCACCGUGGACAACAACUUCAUUCCAGAAGGCUUCAGUGUUGGAACAAGUAUUUACAGCAUCCAUCACAACGAAGGAUAUUUCUCCCGUCCGCACGAAUUCAUACCAGAGCGAUGGAUGGUGGAUGAACAAGAUACCCAGAAGGCCGCCCAGGUUGCUAUAGCCAAGGCUGCUUUCGCCCCCUUUUCAAUUGGCCCAAGGGGUUGUAUUGGGCGGCCACUUGUUAAUUCGACCUUGAAACUUGCGAUUGCCAUGCUUAUUUGGAAAUACGACUUCCGGCUUGCGGAUGGGGUUGCCGGUGGAAAGGGUGCGGGCCAUCCGCUUGGAGGACGUGGGAGAACAAACCCAAUGGAGUUCCAGGUGCUUGACCGGAUCAUGAGUAUCGUUGAUGGUCCAAUGAUCCAGUUCCGGCACAGGACAUAG